AGCCUGUCCUUUGUAAUGACAACAUUAGUGUUGUCCCUAAGCCUGUUGAUGAAUUAAUAAAAACUCCGCCAGCUAUGGUGAAAGGAGGGCAACAUACACCCACAAGCAAAAUGGAAGAGGCCACAUUCCCAUACACGCUCGCUGACGGAGUUACAUUAGAGGAGAAUACGAACGUCGUACUGACGAGCUUAACGUCCAUGAUCUAUGGGAAUAGUCCGAUUAUAAAUGUUGAUGUGACCAAUGCUGGGUUUAUAAAUCUUGGAUCAACUCAAGCACGUAGUGAUAAUUCUGGAAAAGAAGCCGACAUGUCGUUUCGCCCACAAAUCGCGAGUGCCUGCACUAACGGGAGUGAUGGAAGGUAA